UACCUCCUCGUACCCAAGAUUCCAUGCUCCCGUUCACGGCCGGUCUGAAACGCCGUGCUUUUUUUCUUCAAUUGGAUUCGUGGGCGGCACUCUGCUUCGGCGCAAAGGGAAAGCAUCCGGUGCAGGAGGCGGCGGCACGCGCUGCGGAGGCAAUUGCCCUGAAACUAACCCCACUGGCGGCAUGCGUAUAUAAGGCGGGACAGGCGCCCUCCUCCGCUCUCAACAAACCGGCUCGACACCUGACAGCAAUAGCAACGAUCGCGUGCGCACAUCAUUGAUCGUUCAAUUCGCUCAUCACUGGACACUCGGCAACAACAGCAGCAACACAGCAUGAGGACGGAGAUGGUGAUCCGGAUGCAGGGCGGCUCGGACAAGGGCCAGGGCGCCAGGGCGAUGAAGGUGGCGGCGGCGGUGGCUGGGGUGGAGUCGGUGGCGCUGGCGGGCAAGGACAAGAGCCUGCUGCGGGUGGUCGGCGACGGCGUCGACUGCAACGACCUCACCACGCGCCUGCGACGCAAGGUGGGACGCGCCGACCUCGUCGAACUCCGCACCCUCUACGGGUCCCGCGCCGGGAGCGGCCUCUCGCGCGUCGACUCCGGGUACGGGGGGAGCAGCAGCUACGGCGGCGGCGGCUCCUAUCCCGCGACGACCAGCUACGCGCCGGAGUACUACGGCCACCACCAGCCGGCGUCGUACGGGUACUACCCGCCGGCGGCGUACGCCGCGGCGCCCACCGUGGUGCACCAUGAGUACUACCCGCCCUCGACCGACCCCAACGCCGGCUGCUCCAUCAUGUAGUAGCUAGGAAUCAAUACGGUAGCGUUUAUAGUGUGUAGGAUCAGGAUGUGCUUGUCUUCUCUCUGUAUGUAGAUGGUGAUGAUGAUGCGAGUGUGCGACUGUUUUCUUCUGUGUCCUGCAGUUUCUUACUCGAAGCAGGGGCUUGUUUUAGUUGUGCCCCUGCACCGUUUCAUUCAUUUGUGUAGCCACAUGCUUUGUGGAUUUGUGAAGCUAGUGGGAUGUAAACGCGAGUUUUCUCGCCAAAAAUACAAAUAAAUCAGCAGACGUGAGUUCCUGUC